AUGCACCAGAAGGAAAACUGCCCGGAAGGGCGGGAGGAGUGCGCCUUCGAGCUGCCCCCCGAGCUGGGCACCCCGGCGGGCCUGGCCCGCGGCGGCCUGGUGCUCACCGUCAUGCACCGUGCCCUGGUGGGCAUGGACCGCUUCCUGGGCCAGGCCCUGGUGCCCCUGGAGCCCGCCCUGCAGCAGGGCCGCGCGCCGGACGAGCGGUGGCACAAGCUACACUCCAAGGCUGGGAAGAAGGAGAAGGAGCGUGGUGAGAUCCUGGUGAGCAUCCAGUUCACACGCAACAACCUUACAGCCAGCAUGUUUGACCUGUCCAUGAAGGACAAGCCACGGUCUCCCUUUGGCAAGCUGAAGGACAAGGUGAAAGGCAAGAAGAAAUACGACUUGGAGUCAGCCUCUGCCAUCAUCCCCAGCAGCAUGGGUGCCCUCGACAUGGAGGAUGACUACGACAUUGGGGGCAAGAAGUCCAAAGUCAAGGGCUUCUUCUUGAAGAACAAGCUGCGCAAGUCAUCCCUGACGCAAUCUAACACCUCCCUGGGAUCUGACAGCACCAUCUCUUCUGCCAGCCUGGGCUUGGCUGCAAAUGUUCCCGAGGUAACCAAAUCCCCGAGCAGACACAGCAGUCUGUCCACUGAACGCUCUGUGAAAGACUACUUGCCAUCUCCAAAGCUGACCCACAAGAGAGCAUUCAGUGAUGAUGUGUCCCAAGUCAGCCCGGUCCUGGAGCCAAAAGCAAUCCAAAGCCUGAAGCCAAAGAACGAUCCCGUGUCCCGGUCUUCCCUCUGCAUCAAUGGGAGCCACGUUUACAGCGACGAUCCUGCACCAAAGAGCCCCGUGUCUGUCCCUCAGAGCUCUGCGCCACUAUCUGUGCCCAGCGUCCCCAGACGUCAGGACGAGGGCUUUGGCUUCACCCCGCUCCAUCCCGACUCCCACGAGGUGCCUUGGGGGGAAGAGCUCAAGGUUUCCACAAAAGCCGUUACUCUCAGUAAUCAUCUGGGCAGAGCCAAGAUGGAGGAAAACAGUCGCUCAGAGAACAAGCCGACACAAGCUGCAACACCCAUGGUCUUCUCCACAGAGAUGACAAAGGACAAACAGCCUGAGGAAACAAAGAAGGAAGACAAGAAAGCAAAGGGCGGCCUUUUCCACCAUGGGGGCAACAAGAGUGACAUGGGGAGCAAAGGCCAGGGGGAGAAAGUGGGACCGUCCCAUGGCUCAUCCGUCCACGCGGCAGCAGGGAGAGAUGAGAGGAAUAAGACCAGCAGCUGGUUCGGUUCAAAGGAGCCCAAAGAGUCCCCUCAAAAACCCAGUCCUCACCCAGUGAAACCCAUCAGCGCUGCGGUGCAAGAGGUCUCCAGCGAGAAGAAGCAGCAGCACAGGUCCAGCCUGACGACCGCUUUGAGCAAUGGCCUGGAGAAGCUGAAGACAGUCACCACGAGCAGCGUCCAGCCUGUGGCCCCAUCCUCUCAGCCAGAGAAAACAGACUCAAAGAAGUUAAAGGAUCCCACCGUACUGGACCAGUCAGCCAAGUAUUAUCACUUGACCCAUGAUGAACUCAUCCAGCUCCUGCUGCAGAGGGAGAAGGAGCUGAGCAAGAAGGAGGAGCACAUCCAUGAACUGGAGAACUACAUUGACCAGCUGCUGGUGCGCAUCAUGGAACAGUCUCCCACACUCCUCCAGAUCCCACUGGGGGAAAGCAAGACCAAGUAA